UUAUUGAGCAUUCAAUUCUUCAAUCUAUGUACUACAGAAAAGUCUGUUUGCUUGGGAUACCAGGAACAGCUGUUAUAAAAUGGUGCACACACUUAUUUGUUGUUAAAUAAGAAGAUAUUUAAUACCAAAGAUUAGGUAAAACUACCGAUCAGGCAGGAAGCGCGGUAUUUGAUCUGGGGAGUACGUUUAAAAUGCUAGGUUCUCUCAAAGUAAUGUGCGUUUCCCCAUUUCUUGGACAAAAGUCCCGUUCUAUGGCCACUUUGAAAGAUAUUGCAGUAAGACUACGGUCUGUGAAAAACAUACAGAAAAUCACUGCAUCUAUGAAAAUGGUUUCGGCAUCAAAAUUUGCUAGAGCUGAACGUGAUCUACGUCCAGCCAGACCUUAUGGCUAUGGUGCUCGAGCAUUUUAUCAGACCGCAGAAUUAGUGCCAAAGGAGACCAAACCUAGUGAGAAUGACUUACUAAUCGCAAUCACAUCCGAUAGAGGUCUAUGUGGUGCAGCUAAUAGUAGUAUUGUAAAGGCAAUCAGAGCCCAGCUUCGUAGCAACCCAAAUCUAGAAAAUUCAUGCAAGUUACUCUUGGUUGGCGACAAAUCUCGCGCAAUGAUGAUUCGUCAAUAUCGUAACAUGUUUUUGAUGACUGUCAAUGAAGUCGGCAAAAAGGCACCUACUUUCGAGGAUGCGUCCACAAUAGCUCAGGCGAUAAUAUCAUCUGACUUUAAAUUUGAUAAGGCUGUGAUGUUUUACAAUACAUUCAAGACAGUAGUAUCUUACAUAACGACAAGUCAGCCGCUCUUAAGCCUAAAUAAAUUGUCCUCCUCUGAAAACAUUGGUAUUUAUGACUCAGUAGAUGAUGAAGUCUUGCAAAGUUACAAUGAAUUUCUCCUGACCUCACUAAUUUUUGCUGCUUUAAAAGAGGCAGCUGCUAGCGAACAGUCAGCUCGGAUGACUGCUAUGGACUCGGCUACGAAAAACGCAGGUGAUAUGUUGAGUAAACUGACACUCAGUUAUAAUCGAACACGUCAGGCAGCAAUCACACGUGAGCUCACUGAAAUUAUAUCUGGUGCUGCAGCGGUCUAAUUUUGUUGGCAACUCCAACUAUUACGAGAUAAUAUAAUCCAGUAGUAAAUAUUCAUU